AUUAGAUACGAAAAUCAUUUAUAUAAUAAAUAUUUUUUCUUAAAAAAAUUGUAUAUAUGUGCGAUAUGAGAAAAAAUAAAUAAAAUAAUAAUACUGCAGGGAGCAAAGUUGAAAGAACAGAAGGGGAGGAGGAGGGGAUUUUGUUUUGCAACUCCUUCAAUUUCCGAAAUUGAAAUUGCAUAAACUAUAUAUUUAUAUUGAGAAGUAGAGAGAUAGAGAGGAUUUUUGCAAAAUAAAAUGAAGACUUCUCUGAGAAGAUUGCGAAAUAUUGCACUUCACAGGCACGGUGGGGAAACCAAUGACCAACAAGAUCCUCCGCCUUUGCCUCAAUUUGACGAGUUCGAUCAGGCUUCUCAGGAUAUGCAGGAUAUGAGAGAUUGCUACGACAGCUUACUUUCUGCAGCUGCAGCAGCUGCAAAUAGUGCUUUCGGGUUGAUCAUUUUGAUAUCCGCUGUGAGUUCGGUCGAUUAUCCAUGUUACACUUGUAUAGAAUUCUCGGAGUCAUUGCAGGAAAUGGGUGAUUGUCUUGGAAAAAUUGCAGUAAAUGAUGAUGAAGAAAGUGGUAAAGUAUUAUCAAUGCUUGGAAAAGUACAGCUUGGACUGCAGAAACUUGUUGACAGCUAUCGAUCUCAUAUAAUCCAGACAAUCACAAGCCCAUCAGAGUCCCUUCUUAAUGAACUUCAAACAGUUGAGGAGAUGAAGCGACAAUGCGAUGAGAAAAGAAAUGUAUACGAGUACAUGGCAAUGAGACACAAAGAAAAAGGAAGAUCAAAAAGUGGGAAAGGGGAGAAUUUCUCCGUACAACAUUUACAAGUAGCACAUGACGAAUAUCAGGAGGAAGCAACUUUACUUUUUUUCAGAUUGAAAUCUCUAAAGCAAGGACAAUCAAGAAGCCUUCUUACGCAAGCAGCUAGACACCAUGCUGCUCAGCUGAACUUUUUUAAGAAGGCUCUUAAAUCUCUUGAAGAAGUAGAGCCACAUGUGCAGAAGAUCACUGAAAAGCAGCAUAUUGAUUACCACUUUCAUGGACUAGAAGAUUCUGAAGCAGAAAAUGGUGAUCCUGAUGAAAAUUAUGAAAACGAUGAUGAUGAGAGUGAUGACGAGAACUAUGAGGAUGAUGCUGAGGACCACAAUGAUGGUGAAUUGAGCUUUGAUUAUAGACAAAAUGACCAAGAUCAGAACAUGUUUUUUGCAUCACGGCAUUCAAUGGAGUUGGAUCAAGUAGCAUUUCCCCAAGUUGCAAUGGUGGAGGCUGCAAAGGAAAAUCUAGAAAAAGCUCGUCGCCAUUCUUUUUCAUUUAGAGGGGAAAUAAGGACCAGCAGCCAAUCAGCUCCACUUCUUUCUGAGAAUAAAUCUGACCCUUAUGAGAAAAUUCAACCGUUAUCAGCACGAAAGUUUAGCUCAUAUGUAUUACCGACACCAGUUGCUACAGAAAGUUCUAUUGGAUUAGGUAAUCUGGCUCCCCAAUCUUCAAAAGCAAGUUUGAAUGAGCAAUCAAACAAUUCAUGGCAUUCAUCUCCACUUGAACAUAAGAAACAUGAGAUGAUUUUGGGAGAUGAGAAAUUUUGUGGAUCUGCUAUUAUAAAUGCACAGUCUUUUCUCAGAGAGAGCAAUAGUCCUGCCUCUUCAACUCGACUACCCCCUCGAGUUAAUCCAACUGCUGCUUAUUCUAAGAAAAUCAAACGACAAUCCUUUUCUGGUCCAUUGACCAGUAAACCAUGGCCUACCAAAACUGUUUCAGUGGAACAGCCCCAAUUGUUCUCUGGGUCAAUUUUGAGAAAUCCAAUGCCUCAACGAUCAGCAGCAUCUCCAAAAGCAUCACCAAGUGCUUCCCCUACUUUUAUUUCCUCACCUAAAAUAAGUGAGCUUCAUGAACUUCCUAGACCGCCAGCCAGUCCAGCCGCAAAGUCUUCAAGACCUUUAGGCUUUGUAGGUUAUUCAGGUCCCUUGAUGCCUACAGGUCAUGGGCUCUCUGCUACAAAUCAAUCGGUAAUGUCAAGAGCUGCCUCUCCACUGCCACAACCUCCGCAGGUAGUUACUCGCAGUUUCUCCAUACCCUCAAGCACUCAUAGAGUGGUGUCAUUACCUGUGUCCAAUCCACUGGAAACUGCCAUCAGUUCAGGGAUGUCUCAAGAUGUUGCCUCACCUCCUUUGACACCAAUAUCUUUAUCUUGAAUCUGGCCAUCAUCAACUUGCUCACUGACUGUUGAUAGGAAAUGGUUGAUUAAAACUAAUUGUAGUACUGAUUUCAUUCCUGACCCACAGGUAAGAUUUGUGAUUCCUAUAUUGAACAGGUGUAGCUGUGCAUAUUGUCAAUUAAUAUUUCCUAUAAUCAUUGUUAUAUAUUUUAGUGCAUCUCGUCUAUUACAAUGAAUUCUUGGCAUGGAUGCUUGCCAUGUGUUCCAAGUUUUGAGAAAUUUUGUAUCUUCUCCAGGGUAUUAAUAGACAAUUUAAUUAUUUUACUCUAUGCAAAUUACUACACUAAAUACUAUUUAGCAGUAUAGGUGGAUUGGUUUGUCUUAUGGUUAUCUUAUUUUCACGAGUUUAUGAUUAAGUUUUUCCGAAUUUACAUUUUUCUUGAAAUACUUAUGCUUGACAUAUAUGAAGAACUUCGAUAUAGAGUCUGCCCUCUAAAGAUAUGAAAUCUUUUGGAAGGAUUGAACAUGAUCAUAUUUGGCGUUCUCCUCAAGUUCACCUAACAUUAGAGUUUGAGUCAUUCCUCUAGUUCUGAACUGCUUUUCCCCAGAUGUCUGCUAUAUUUUUUUCUGCCCAGUUCUGUCUUGCCAUUGCCAGACGAAUAAGGUUCCUUUGGUUGCAAAAUUCAGCUGUUAUGCAGAAGAUAAUGAUUACAUAAACGGUCAUAUUCUGUUGAAUUUGAGGAUUAGAUUUUGAUUCAAGGCCCAUUUUAUCUUGUUCGGAUCUGUUUUCUUGCUCCUUUUUCUUUUAACUAUCUCCUGUUUAAUCAAAUAUUCUUAUUUGCAAUUUCUUUUGUAUUAUAGUGAAGGUGUAGAGUAAUUCGUAGUGAAAAGCUAUGUUACACAUUCAGGUAUGGAUAUGUUGGAUUUUUUUCUUAGAAGUUUUUUAUGUAAUUGAAAGAUUCUGCAAGUGUCAAACAUGACUGUAUGAAUAAAACUGUUGAAGCAGUUUUCCAAUUCCAAGGUUUCUCCACAAAUAUCGAGUACUCCAUUUCCAUUAGCUUUAUUUCUUCUCUGCUAUAUAUCCAAACAUAAAAUGGAAAAUAAAAUGGGCUAUUGGGAUCUAGUGCUCUAAAUAUUUAUUUGCUAGUAGUAUAGGAUGUUCUUUAAGAUAAAAUUAAAAAAAAAAAAUCAUGAAGGUUCAGAAGCAUCAUCCAUGUUAUUUACUAAAUGUGGGAAACGACAAUAUUCACAACAGCCUUGCGAAGGACUCCAAUACCACAAAGUAGCGGUAUGACAAUUCAAAAUAUAUAUACUAAAACCAUUGAUUCUCUUUUUUUGGGUACUUGUAUGGGCUAUAUAGUCAUCCGUAAAGCGAUCAAAGCACAUAGAAAUUGUUAAAGCAGCGUCGCAAAAUGCUUGUCGUAGGG